AUGCAAUGCACCGCGGUGACGCUUGCGGUGUGCCGAAGCGCUGCGUUUGACAAAGCGGACAAUUUCGAAGACGAAGUUGGUACCGCAGCACCUCCGCUCGCAGAGACUCCGCCGAGACGAGGUGUUUCUCCUGCAGAGGGCGGUGGGAGCAGCAGCAGGGGUGGCGGUGCUGGCGUUGAGGGUCCUACGGACGACGUCGAAGACUCGGUUGUGGUGCUUUCUGACUGGCUGGAUGAGUCUCAGGCAUCUCUUGGCUUGCCCGGUCUGCCCGGUCUCGGCAACCGGGAGGAGCACUUGAACCAGGGGCUCGUUGAGGUUGUCGGGAGCCAGGCUAACGGCGACGACGAGGACGGCGUCGGGGACGGCAGCGCUCCGUUUCGCUUUCAGCAGCUCAUCCAGCAAAUGUGGGCGACGCUCAGUCGAGGCAACCAGCUUGAGUACCUGGGCAAAGAGGGAAAGGCGAAGGUCAAACAGGCUUUGAGCGUGUUGGCGGCCUAUUCGGCAUUGCGUGAGCACCCUCUACAGACUGGCGUGGAGAAUCCGCAGCAGGCGUUCUCGGAGAUGGACUUUAACAGUGACGGCGAGGUGUCAUUUGACGAGUUCGUGCGGUGGUAUUCCAUGAGCACCGCCCUGGAUGAGAAGCCCCAACAAUUGCCCGAGCAGGCCAACGUCGGACCCGCCUCCGCCAGGUCGGGCAACGGAGGCGUUACGGCCCCCGAGGUCGCCUUAACCCGAAGCAAGACGCUGCUCUCAACGGGGUCGCGGCUGCUGGUAGACGUCGAACAAAGCUUGGCUCUUACGAGUCGCCAGCUAACAAACAUGCCAGCAGCCGACAAAUCACCACGCUCGGCGGCGGCACCCCCCACCGACGGCGGGCCUAACCACAACGUUGGAGCCGCGGCGCCUUCGCCAGGGAAGGCUUGGUUGGGCUUGUCGGCGGCCCCGACUGCAACGGCCGGGGCUGGUCUUGGUGUCACGGAGGAAGAGAAAGAAGCCGCCCGGGAACGUUGGUUGUCGGGAGCGGCUGCGGAGCCCGGAGCUGUUGGCUCCGGAACCGAUCCAGUCGACGACUCGGCGGCGAAAGACCUCGAGAAAGCUUUGGAGAUGCUGCGCGUGUUGGUCAGAGCUCACGCCGACGUGGACACCCUGGUGGCUGCGCUCGCGAGCUGCAUCAUUCGGAACCCCAUGGGAAGGUACAACUUGGAGGUCAUCGAGGAGCAAUUCGGACCCAUUAUCCGGGGCAUUGUGGAGGACAGGCUUUUGCUGGAGCGCUUGCCGCAGCCAACGUCUGCCGCGAGCUACCUAUCGAUACAACAGGUGACAUGUGAUUGCAAGGGUGCUGGUUUCCUAUGGCGUUUGGUCGAGAACUGCCGGGUACCGCUUUCCAGCUUGAUCCGUUGGCGCGUUGGCGCGCACCACCCCAUGAUGGCAUGGCGUAUCUACCUACACGUCGUAAAUCCUUUAUUUUGUUGUUCUACCGCUGUCGAUAUGUAUCUUUAUGUACGUGUGUCGCAUCGGAUGCAUGGCCGCCGUGCCCGCGCCGGGUCUGCGUUUACCUGCUCACCCCCGCAGUCCUUCGGCGUGAAACCGGUACUGGACCUGGACGACCACCACGCCAAGCUCAUGCGAGACUACUUGGUACACUCCUCGAGGGAUGCGCGUGCAGUGGUUGUUCACAUGGCCGACCUCACAUGCCGACUGCGCGAUCCAAGCAAGACGCCCGCGCACACACGACACACGCUCGCCUUAGAGGCGCUUCAGCUGUACGUCCCAGUUUCAAACGCAUUGGGAUUGGGAUCGAGUUUUCGCGAGCUGGAGGAGCUUGGGUACAAGACGAUAUUCCCGCAGACUUACUCCAACAUGGCACUCUGGCAUCACGAUGUGAUGGGCAAAAGCCAUGACAUUGUCCGAGAAGUCAAGACACGGAUGCUGGACGCGCUACACGCGAGGGAGGAUAUCGCAAUACGAGUGCACAGCUACCGCUUGGAAGGGCGGACGAAGGCGCUCGUGUUCCGGCAGAAUAAGCGCGCCGAUGACGUACACGACAUCAUAGGCUUCCGCAUCAUCGUUGCUCCGAAACGUCCUGGCACACGAGCAAGCUCUGCCACCGGCGGAGCAGGACGAACCAGAUCGGCAACCGGGGGGAACACGGCGGAGGAAGCCGAGAAUGCCGGCGCGAGGAAGAGACCGGGCGAUGAUAGAAGGCGGGGUGGGCCGAGGCCGGCGCGUUCAGUCUUCACUGUCAAGACGUUCCCGCCGCCGUACCGAGAUGCCGACAGCCGCCUGCUUCACGAUGUUUACGAGGUCUUGGUCGGACUGUUUGAGGAAGUGCCGGGGAGGUUCAAGAACUACGUGGAUUUUCCGAAGAAAAAUGGCUACAGGAGUGUUCACACGACGGUGGUACAUCCGACCGGCAUCAAAAUGGAGUUUCAGGUGCGCACAGCGUUGAUGCACGUCGCAGCCGAGGGGGGUUCGGCGUCUCACUCUCUUUACAAGGGGGACUUGGACAACCCCGAGGAGGCUUCUCUCUUCCGCUCCAAGAUGACUCCGAACAUAUUGUCCCCGGCGCACCGCCAACUCCAAUCCAAGAGCAAAAGCGGUGAGGCGGCCACCGCGCUCCAGCCGACCGCUGAUGGUGGGUCGCCUGCGGCGAACGUUUCUGAGAAAGGGCCUGCGGCUGCUGCUGUGCCGUUGCUUGAAUCGAAACGAUGUGGGAAGCUUGGCGUGAAGAGCGACGGGGGGGGGGCUACGCCGGUAUCGGACCUGGACACGAGCGACCGAUGCCCUGAGCCUUGAUUGGUCCCCUGUCUGACUUGUAUUUAAGAGGGCUGACAAUUUUUAUGGAUUUGAUUUGUCAAGGGCAGUGUCUACAUGGGAAAGGGAAGAGGCGGGAGACCUUGGCAAGAUAGAUGCCGAUAUUGAAACCUGUACUUUGCAGCCGUUGGACGUGAUGUUAUGACGUCGCCUUGAGGCAUCUUUGUGUGUGUGGGGGGGGUGUUCUUUGUAUUUGAGCUGCCGCCAGCGGUUCACCUUGCCUGUGAAA